CCUCACACAAAAAACAAAGCAAAGAUAAGUUGUGGCAUGAGGUCACGGGGAUUUCAGUUCCUGGAUGGCGGUGCUAAUUCCAAACACUUCCACGCCGGAUCUCUAAAACAGGAGCGGAAUGAGGAAAUUGACGAAAGCGAAGUGCAAAACAAACUUGUUGGAUGCCGUGAAAAGCUCUCCGGCUGAUGCUCGCCUUCUCACUCCGGUUUGAGUCCCCCUGCAGAAGCGCUCGUUCCGCCGCCGCAGCCUCACUUCAUCAUCACCUUUAUCAUCCGCCCCCUCGCCCGCCAUGUCUUUGCUGCUGCUCACGAUGCUGUCUUCGCUGCUGGCCCACGGCGCCCAGGCUUGGAGCUCCAGCGUCAAGUACGCCGUCAACUGUCCGGACAGGUGCGACGUGGAGCGUUGCGGUCCCACGGUCGGCUGCGCGCGCACAGUGAUGGACGACUGCGGCUGCUGCCAGGUGUGCGCGGCCGGCAGAGGGGAGCACUGUUACCGCACUGUGUCUGGCAUGCACGGCGUCAAGUGCGGACCGGGCCUCUUUUGCGAGUUCUAUAAAGACGAGGAUGACUACGGGGAUGAAUAUGGCGUUUGCAAAGACUGCAGCUUUGGCACCUAUGGCAUGGAGUGCCGCAAGACGUGCAGCUGCAAAGGUGGCCUGUGUGACAGGGAGACAGGCGCUUGUCUCACCCUUCAAUUCUUCACCAAACUGGCCAGUCAUCUCAAGACAGACCCUCAAAGUGAAGAGGAAGGCUCUGGAGAAGUUCAGGAUUCGGCAGCAAAUAUAUCCAAUGCACCCAGGCAGCUUAAUCCUCGCUGACGUGUACAUUCAAUAGUUAAUAUACUCAUAAUCAUUCAGUCAGUGAAAAUCUGGCGUUAACUUAUAAGUGAACAGACAGGUUGUUUUUUGUUUGUUUUUUAGUAUCGACUGCAUGUUGAUUUUAUUUAUACAGUUAAUAUCACUUUUUUUUUUUUAACUAAUUUUCCAAAUGUAUAGUGUGCCUUUACUUGAGAGAAUAGGGUGUAUACUUUUUCAUGUUGUCACAGUAAUAUAUUUCAAUUAUCGCAAUUGUAUUUGUACUGUACAGUAUAAAAGCUAUACAUAUGUAAAAACA